AUGAAUAGAAUCUUCCCUCAGCCAAGGACCUUGGAUGGAAACCCAGAGGGGGAAAGCAAGACCCUUGGAAGUGAAGAAGAUUGCUGCGGCCCCUUCUCCUGCUGUACCCGCCGAGGUUUCUGGAUCUCUACCUGGACCUUGCUCCUGCUUGUGUCUCUGACUCUUAUCAUCUGGCUGGUCAGCAGCUUCGGACUCCCACCACCAUCUCCAACAACUAGGGCCUGUGCCACUACAUCCAACCAGACAGGUUUCCUCUGUGAUGACCGGGAGACUUGUAUUCCUGCCAGCCUCGUGUGUGACCGUGUCCGUACCUGUGCACACGGAGAGGACGAAGAAGAAGCCUUGUGCGGCAACAUCCCCCACAGCCUCCCCAGUUUCUUGGUGUUCCACUGCAGUGACUCCACGUCCUGGGUCUUCGAGGAUCAGAAAUGCGACGGCUUCAAUGACUGCGGAGACUGCUCUGAUGAAGGCGCCUUGGCCCGCUGCCCGCCCUGCGGGCCCCAGUGGUGGAGCUGCCCCUCCACCUUCCACCAGUACUGUGGCUGUGUCCCUCGGCACCUCUGUCGGGACCGGGUGCAGCACUGCUCGGACUGGUCAGAUGAGUACAUCUGCCCCAGGAAGGCCUCCUUACUCCUCCAGUCCUCAGGGAUCUCCUGUCUCGGGGCUGUGGUGGCGGUUCACCAAGGUUUGCUGGGUGACCUUGGCCAGGAUACAGCUGCGCUGGGGGCAGAGAAGCUUCUUGUUCCCUCGGUGUUCGUGGAGGGGGGAGGAUGCAUCGGCCUCACAUCACAGAGAGGCUGCCAUGACGACACUCCCAGCCAUGGCUUCAUGAAGCCACUGGUGGGUUGGGUGAAGGUGGACCCCAAAGGCAGACGGGCAGCCCUCAUGCCAGAGGUGCUCAUCCUCCUGAACAGCCCCUCCACCGCGCUCCUGUGA